AUGUCCGACCUCGAUGUUGCCAGCCACUACAACUUGCCCUCAGAGUUCCCGGACGAAUGGCCGGUUGCGUUAGACGAGGCUGACCAGUCAGACGAGGAACCUGUUCAACAGGCCAAGUCUCGCCCCCGCAAAUCGCGGUACUUCGCGCUCGAACGCACCCCAAGCGACUGGCGGAGUAACUUCGGGUCUCGCAGGGGAAGAGACGGUAAAGACAACUCGCAGAAUGAUGAGCCGGAUCCGCUAGGAGGGGGUGACAGCAUUCUGCGCACCCUGAAGAGCCGAGGGAUACGCCUAGAGGAUGAGGGGGGUAAACGAUCACGGUUCCUGCUGUCAUCGACAUCCUUCUCGCCCGCCUUGUUCCUGUCCCAAGCCCACCAUGACGCCUCGAUCGAAUCGCUCGUGGACGGACUGAACCACCUAUCGCACUCCAUUGACGAGAAGUCAGCGUCACUGAAAGUACUGGUGGAGGCAAACUUCGAGCGGUUCGUCCGAGCGAAAGCGACAAUCGAUAGCGUAUAUACGGAAAUGAGAGAUCAAGGAGCGUCAAAGGAGCAAAUCCUGACCCCUCGUCGGUCAGGACACUUCCGAAGCUAUUCAGGCCAGCACCGGGGCGUGUCCCCUGCGCCAGCGGCGACUGGCGGACCCAAGAAGAACGCGCUAACCAAGGAGAGUGAAUAUGGUAUGAAGGGUAUUCGAGGCCCUUUGGUGGAGGCCUCAGUGAAGGCCGAGGAGGUCUGGGGCCCUGCGCUGGGAGGACGUGACAGGGAGCAGAUGCUCAAAUCCGUUGUAGAUACAAUGGAAAAACACCGUGAAGUAUAUGAGAUCGGAAGCCACCUAUCCAAGGCUAUGCAACAGCGUGAUUACGAUUCUGUCUUUGAACAGUAUACCAAGGCCAGGACAUUGACGGUCCGGGCGAAGAAUAUUGUGGAGCAGGCCUCUAGCGCCAAACGACAAUUGUCAGAUCAUGAAAUCCAUACGAUAUUGGCCAUGGGACGGAUGUGGAACGAUGUUGAUCAGCAAAUCCAAAACUUUAAGCGGGAUCUUUGGAGACGACUCAGCGAUGCAUCCACAACUUCCACUACGAGUACUGCAUCGGGGCCCGUGGAGGAGCAUAUGGAGCUGAUCGGGGCGUUGUUGGAAUUGGGCGUCGAAAAGAACCCUAUCUGGACAUGGCUCCUCAGCCGCUACGAGUUCCUGAAGACCAAGAUCACAUCGUUCUGUGAUCGGUGCAAGGUGGAAAUUGAGAUCUUGCGGCGAAGGCUCGCCGGAGGAGAGAACCCGGCGCCUCAGGUGACCGCGUCCUACCUCCGGCUAGCUCCUCGCGAUGGUUCGGCAGAGGUACCUGGAAGACUCGACACAGAUCAAGUCAUUGAACUCUGGGACUGUGUCCAAGCAUUUCUUACCCGGCUCCUUUCAUCACAGAGUGGCCUGCUGGGCGAGGUGCUGGACUUCUGGGAGGUCGCACAGUCUUUUAUUGAUGGCAGUCGCCAGAGGCUUCUUCCGGUUGGGUUCGAGGGUGAGAGCCGCAAGCACCACCGACUCACUCCGGCCAAUGUGGAGGAGCUUGAGAGAGGCGUUGUGGAGCUGGUGAACCUCAUCCGAGAAAACGUUCUUUCUCUCUUUAACGAGCCUCCGACGGAAGAUAUCUCUCUUCUCUCCUCACCCAUUCCGCCCAGCCCAACGAGCCCAGCCUCGAGAGGGGUCACCCCGACAGAAUCCCGGUUCAAACUGGACCCCAAGAACCUGCCCAUUGCGGGGGAGCACUGGGAGGGCUUUGCAUUCUGGCCGCCCUUUUCCAACUCCCUCAGUGGUGUGCACUAUCUUAGCAAGUUCCUCGUCAUCCUAGGUACAGCUGCCAGUGAGAUGGCGGCACUGAGCCCCGUUGGCAGUGCUGGACAUACGUACGAUCAGUUGAAGUCCCUUGUUGGCAUUGCACGCGAGCGUUCUGCUCGUGUCGCAUGCUCUGCGUGGAGCAAGGAUGCGGAGAUUUGCAAGAUGCUGGAGGAUUGGACUCGCGACUCGGAAAAGCGAGAUUUGACGAAGAUGCCCGGUUUGUUCGUGGCUUUUGAGAGCGCUAUCCUCGGCGGCAUGCAGAAAAUUCUGUAUAUCUCCGAGGCCAUGGCGAAAUCGGGCUCGGUCGAUGUCGUUACCCAACCGCCUGCCAAAUUGCUCCAGAUGGUUCGGACACAAUUUGUGUCGAGUGUUUACAAGGCGCUUAGCGGACUGGUGGAGAAUGCGGAACGCCUCACGCUCUCGGAGGAGGAAAACGAAUGGGUCAUUUCCAGGCCGGUCAUGGCAAGCCAGGUGGUUGACGCGGCUCUUUCUGUUCUUGCUGCGGACUCCGUGGAUUCCCGCAACAGGCAGAAUGUACGGAUCCUCCUCACUCUGUCGAAUCUCAAGGCGCUGCAAGCCGAAUAUGUGCCGCAGUUGAUUGCCAAUUUCGAGACUUCAUUUUCGGUCAAGUUGACGGAAGAGGGCAAGACCGUUCGGGAUGUUCUCAAGCAAAUCGAAGAUCGACUGUUCCAGUCAUACACUAAGCCAACUAUUGCGACCUUGAAUGAAACCAUCACCGCGGGCAUUACGUCUCCAGGCUGGGAGCCUUCAACUGAACGCCCAGACCAGGUCCGCCCUUAUGUCUAUAGCACCAUGCUAACGUUGGUGCUGGUGCACACCGAGAUCUCGACCACUAUCCCGUCCACCGUAUCACCGAACUCCAGUCGCUCUUCGUCAAAUGCCCCGUCCUCACUGCUGGCCACCAUCCUGACGCAUCUGCUGGUGGAAGUGUCCUCGUCCUUACUUGCCGCCUUCCGCUCUCGACCUACCUUCUCACUGGCUGCUUUAAUGCAAGCCACCCUGGACACCGAGUUCAUCGCACAGACCUUGUCCCAGUACUCCAGUGAGGAGGCAUCCAACAUCCAGAGUCAGAUUUACGUGGAAUUGGAUCGUCGGACCACCAAUGAGGCUCGCACCAAACUCCAGGCCGAAUUGGGAGAAAUGCGCGUCGUACUCAAACGCCUGCGAGACCGGACCAAAGGCGAGUUCGCCUGCUUCAAGAAGCCUCGAAGCGGUGGUGGAUCCAAAUCCUCCCCUCUACAUAACAUAGCCAUAUAG